AUGGUGAAGAAAAAGAGAAAACUUUUUAGGUAUACUAUCAUAAGAAGCAUAGUGUUCUCUGAAGUCACCAUUGGAAUUGCAGCCAAUACCAUCUUGCUUCUGUUUCACAUCUCCAUAUUUCUCUUCAAGCACAGGCCCAAGCCCCUUGAUCUCACUAUUGCUCAGUUGGCCCUGAUCCACCUGGUGAUGCUGACAACUGUGAGCUUCAUAGCUACAGAUACUUUUGGGUUUCAGAGUUGGGAUGGCCUCACAUGUAAAUUGGUUAUCUAUGUGUACAGGUUGAUGAGGGCCCUCUCUAUCUGCACCACCUGCCUGCUGAGUGUCCUCCAGGCCAUCAUCCUAUGCCCCAGAAGCUCUUGCCUGGCAAAAUUCAAACAAAAAUCCUCACAUCAUUACCCAAGUUGCCUUGGAUUUUUAUGGGUUUUCAAUAUGCUUCUGAACGGUCAUUUCUUAGUCUCCAUUGGUGCCACAUCCAAUGUGAUGUCACACAAUCUUGUGUUUGUCACUGAAUCCUGUUCUCUGUGGUCUAUUAAUUACUUUUUCAAGUACAUAUUUCUUUCAUUGGUGAACAUUCAAGAUGUCUCCUUUAUAGGGCUGAUGACUCUUUCAAGUGGAUACAUGGUGAGUCUCUUGUGCAGGCAUAAGAGGCAAUUUCAGCAUCUUCACAGUACCAGCCUUUGCCCAAAUGCAUCCCCAGAAGAAAGGGCCACCCGGACCAUUUUGCUGCUCAUGGUGUUUUUUAUGCUCAUGUACAUUUUGGACUGUGUUUCUUUCUCCUCGCUUGCAAUAUUGUGGAACAAUGACCCACUUCAUCUUUGUGUUCUGAUGGUUGUGAGCAAUGGAUAUGCCACAAUCUGUCCUUUUGUGCUAAUGACCUCUGAAAAAAGGAUAGCUGAGUCCUUAAAAUCCAGGUGGAAAAGAUAA